ACCGGUAUUAAAUACCAGCUAUUUAAGAUCUCACCGAUUUGGCCCGAAUUUUACGCCACACCCGCAAUUAUCGACCAAAACUGGAAGUCAACGCUCUGUGAUAACAAACACAUAUUUACAAGAUACGCUUGUCACGGUUUCCAUUAUAUCUGGUGUAAAACAAAAAUUACCAUUUUAAAUUGACAACGGACUGUGUUUGCAAAUUUUAUGAUUAUUAUCAUUUCCUAAAUUGUGAAAAAGAGAUAUUAGCUACUAGCAAGAUAAAGCCUAAUUAAUGACACUUAGUUGUACCCUAUUCAGUGUUUAAUAAAUAAUUUCAUAUCGCAAAGAAGAAUCAUUUGUCAUCAUCUCAAAACAUUUUCCACUAUCACGUAGGUUUCCGACUGAUGAAUUGGAGCUCAGAGACGCAAGACGAACCGUUUGGAAACAAUGGUACAGAAGCAGCAGGUUCAAUUUUCUCAAUGCACUCAACGCUUUUCCUCAAAUCCGUCGGCCUUGGCCUCAUGGUGGCGCUCACCAUUGGUGGCAACCUUUUGGUGAUGAUCGCCGUUCUGGCGACUCCCUGCGGCGGCAUGCUGCACCGCUCGCCGACGCACCUGCUCAUCGCCAACCUGGCGGCCGCCGACCUGCUCCUGGGGGUGGUGGUGCUACCCCUUUCAGCCGCCCGCGAGCUGGCCGGCGGUGAAUGGCCUUUCGGCCGGCGCCUCUGCGCUGUGUGGGCGGCGGCGGACGUGCUUUGCUGCACCGCCUCCAUCCUCUCCCUGUGUGGGAUUUCCGUCGACAGGUUCGUCGGCGUCACCAGACCACUCGCCUACUCGGGAAUAAUUACCAAGAGAAGGGCCACUUGGAUGAUCUUGUCAAUUUGGGCGCUGGCCCUCGCCAUCAGCAUUGGUCCUCCUCUGGGCUGGAAGGAUGCGAGUCAGGGUGACGAGUGUGGAGUCAACAAACAGCUGGACUACGUCAUCUUCUCUGUGCUUGGAUCGUUCUAUUUGCCGAUGCUAGUCAUUGUGAUACUUUAUUUCCAAGUGUACCGAGCAGUUGCGAAAAGGUCGAGCGAAAUAGAGAGCGGCAAGAACGUGUGUGGCGACGUCUUCCUCAGGGUGCACUAUGCCAACGGGCUGAUGAGCCGGCAGCGUCCUCUGCUCACCAGAGCCUCGACCAGAGCGGCCAUUCUCUGCACGUCCAAGUUCACCAGGCAGAAAAAGGCGGCUCAAACGCUGGCUAUUGUUGUUGGCGGCUUUCUAGUGUGCUGGCUUCCCUUCUUCAUCAUACUUCCGAUUGAUUCUGCUUGUUCUUCGUGCGGAUUGAGUGGAGCGCCGUUCACCUUUGCCUUCUGGCUCGGCUACUUCAACAGUUGCAUCAAUCCUUUCAUUUACGCGUGUUCAUCUUAUGAGCUGCGCAGAGCUUUCAGGUCGGUUCUCUGCGGCAGAACGAGAGGCCUGAAAAGGAGCACCGCCAACAGCAGUCCCGCGGCGUCCAUUCCUUUGAACCACUUCAUAUAAACUCGCCUUUACUGUCAAGUAAAAAUUUCAUUACAGCUGUUCCAUGUACGUGUCUAAUAAA